UCAAAAGCUAGUUAGCAGUUAAAUAAUGUGAUACAUUAAACACAGUACUUUGCAAAAUGGAAGGCAGUGCUGCAUACUUUUCCAAGGGAAUAUUUUGUCAAAAAGCUCUGCACUAAUAUUUGAUUCUCUGUAAGCAGACUUUAUAGCAUCUUAAGUGAAAAAGCAAAGAGAACGAAAUCCACUACAUCCCUGAAUGGAGGAAGAUCCCAUUAAGACAAAAAUCCUUCUUAGAGGUGGCCAGCAGAGUAGAACCUCACAAGAUUCACAUUGAGGUAAUGCAAUCUCUUCAAUGAGACACCUGCAAGGAAAACCAUACAAAUAAAACUACACUGCCUCAAUCAUAAGAUACUUACUAUCACUUCAAGCAAGAGCUGUUCCAGGGAUGUGCAUUAAUAGCACAAUAUCUGCUCAGACCAGAACUUUGCCCUACACAGAAAAUGAGCCGGAAUCUCAAUGCCCAACACCAAAUUCAAGCAACUGUAGCAAACCAUAUGAUUAUUCUUUUUGGUGGCUGACCUUGGGUUUCUCCUUCUUUGGCAUUCCUGGCAAUGGCAUUGUGAUUUGGUUCCUUAUUUUCAGAAUAAGGAGAUACUCUUAUACCAUAUAUGUUUUAAAUUUAGCUGUUGCUGAUUUUUUUUAUCUUGUAGCCAGGUGUCUGUCUUCCAUAGUCAGACUAUCAGUUGAGAAUCCAGAUGCAAAAUGCUUUUAUAAUCUUAUAAUGUCGAUACUGAUUGGAUGGCAGUAUGAGACUACAUUAUUAGUGAUUACAGUAAUAAGCAUUGAUCGGUGUGCAAGCGUCUUGAGACCUGUUUGGUACCGGUACCACAGAUCCAAGAAAGUUGCACUAAAGGUUUGUUGUGCACUCUGGGUGCUAGCUCUUGCAAACAGUACAGUUAGAAAUGCACUGAAAUAUGUUUAUAAAACUCUGAAGAAAAAUAAUCCACAAAGCCAUGAUGGACAUCAGUUGUUUGUUACUAUUGGCUUGGUGAUGAUUUACACAGUUUUAGUUCCCGUACUGUGUAUUUGCACUUUGUUAAUUAUAUGCAAAAUAAAAAAGAAUUCUUCUCUGUAUUCUGCAGUCAUCAACAAAGCUUUAAUAGCAUCCUUAGUAGCAUUCUUGGUCUUUUCUGCACCACUUAAGAUCAGUAUAUAUCUUAAAUAUCACUUUUCAUGUAACAAUUACUUAUUUACAGGCUUUGCUGAGUUCUUAGGCAAGCUUUUAGCAGUAAUUGGAAGCAGCAUCAAUCCACUCAUAUAUUUCUUCAUUGGAACUGAUCUGCGGAAAAAGUUUAAAGAGUCACUUCUGAGCAUUUUGCAAAAAGUCUUUGAAGAGGAACUGUCCGAGACCGUUAAUAGAAGGAAGUCCAGAAGCACAACAGUGAUGGAAAAUACCAUCUGAGAAGUACUGCAUGCAGCGUAAUUCUCAUGUUCUUGUGUAAGGAGGAUAGUUCUCCAUUGCUUACUCUGCUGAGAGCGCAUUAUAAGUAACAAUGAUUACUUAUACCGCAGUUAAGUGGUGACUUCCAAGUGCUAUCUCAUAUACAGAACUCUAAGAAAGCCAUAAUAUCACAGACUGAGCCUUUGAACUA